AUGCCCAAACAACCCCCCUUCACAAUCUACGAAGCCCCCGACCUCCACGACGUCUACCUCUCCUUCCGACCCAGCCACCCCAAAGGCCCUGCCCUGGCAAUCCUCAAGGCCUGCCUCGCAGUCCUGGAAAAGGGCAAGGCCCGGAUCGAUCGCACUGUCAGUUUCCCGUUCACACCCAAGGUAGGCGACCUGGUGCUCGAGAUGAAGACGGUGAGUGGGACUGACGCGGGGAUCAUCGAGGAAUCAAAGCAGUUUAUCAGGCAGCAGAUUGACGGGUUCAAGUAUGAUAGGGAGAUGGUGCGGUGGUAUCGGUAUGAGGCUUCUGAGGGCGGGUUUGGGUGGUUGGCGUAUGAGAGACUAUAG